AUGACCAAGAAAAGAAGGAAUAAUGGUCGUGCCAUAAAGGGCCGCGGCCACGUACAGCCUGUUCGCUGCACCAGCUGUGCCCGAUGCGUGCCCAAGGAUAAGGCCAUUAAGAAGUUCGUCAUUCAGAACAUCAUAGAGGCCGCAGCCGUCAGGGACAUUUCUGAAGCGAGUGUUUUCGACGCCUAUGUGCUUCCCAAUCUGUAUGUGAAACUGCAUUACUGCAUGAGUUGUGCCAUUCACAGCCAGGUAGUCAGGAAUCGUUCUCGGGAAGCCCGGAAGGACCGAACACCUCCACCCUGAUUUAGACCUGCGGGUGCUGCCCCACGACCUCCAC